UGCCGCCACCCACUGAGCGUCAUGGACGUUACUGUGUGCGUGCUGUUCUUUUCCUCACGCAGCUAAGAAUCAACCAAUGAAGAAGAAGCAUUUCGGAGGUUUUCCGCUUUCCCCGAAGUUCUUGACAGAUCCGACUUCAGCUUGAAAUAAUUCAAGAUGGCUGCUACAGGAAACUAGGAAAGGGCUAACUCUUCUGGAUUCCACUGUGCAUGAAGCUCUCCUGAGGUUGUGGCGUCUCAGUGCUCCGUGUCCCAGCUCCUCCUGCCUCUCAUCAUGUCCUCCACCUCCUCCUCCUACUCCUCCUCGGGGGAGACUAGUCCGGAGGAUGUACCCCGAGGUGGGGGCACCAUCCGAGUCUACCUCCCCAACAAACAGAGGACAGUGGUGAAUGUUCGCCAAGGACAGACCGUGUAUGAGAGUCUCGAUAAAGCGCUCAAAGUGAGAGGCCUGAGCCAAGACUGUUGUGCUGUAUUUCGCCUUCUAGAAGGUCGUAAGAGGCUGACUGAUUGGGACACAGACAUCACUCCUCUGGUUGGAGAGGAGCUGUUAGUCGAGGUCCUGGAUGAUAUUCCCCUCACCAUGCACAACUUUGUACGGAAAACCUUCUUCAAACUGGCCUACUGUGAUUUUUGCCACAAGUUUCUUUUUAACGGCUUCAGAUGUCAGACAUGCGGCUACAAAUUCCACCAGCACUGCAGUAGCAAGGUCCCUACUGUGUGCGUGGACAUGGAUACGGUGACCAAACGGGUUGAUACUCAUUCCUGCACAGAUGAGUACCCACGGAUACUAUUGCCAGAAAAUUCCCCAUCGCAGAGCAACCUAGCCUUAACCCCAGAGCCUGCUGGGAUGGACCUCCUGUCCCCGACCUCAGCUUUUCGCUUCCCCAUGCCGAGUGGAGAUGGCCAGUCUCUACAGAGGCAUCGCUCCACCUCCACUCCCAAUGUCCAUAUGGUCAGCACGGUGGGCCCCGCUGGUACCAGCAUCAUAGAGGAAGCACUAAAAUUCAACAACACAAUGGGUCCUGAACCCUCACCAAAACCCUCCACCAGCCCCCCGUCUUCUCUCGGCUCUCCGGGGAGGAGACCGCCAAAGUCUCCCUCAGAGCACAAGGAGCGCAAGCCUUCCUCGUCCGACAACAAGAAAGUGCACCGAGGGGGCUACAGAGACUCGAGUUACUACUGGGAGGUCCACUCUCGAGAAGUCACCAUUCAGAAGAGAAUAGGUGCCGGCUCCUUUGGAACAGUCUUCAAGGGCAAGUGGCACGGAGACGUGGCAAUCAAGAUCCUUAAGGUCACCGAGCCGACCCCGGAACAGCUGCAGGCCUUCAAGAACGAGAUGCAGGUGUUACGGAAGACCCGCCACGUCAACAUCCUGCUGUUCAUGGGCUACAUGACGAAGCCCAACUUUGCCAUCAUCACACAGUGGUGUGAAGGCAGCAGCUUGUACCGCCAUCUGCACGUCACAGAAACCAAGUUUGACACGAUGCGGCGCAUUGAUGUGGCCAGACAGACGGCACAGGGCAUGGAUUAUCUUCAUGCGAAGAACAUAAUUCAUCGAGACCUGAAAUCAAACAAUAUUUUUCUCCACGAGGGCUGGACUGUGAAGAUCGGUGACUUCGGCUUGGCCACGGUGAAGUCUCGGUGGAGCGGCUCUCAGCAGGUGGAACAGCCCAGCGGAUCCAUUCUGUGGAUGGCUCCUGAAGUGAUCCGAAUGCAGGACAGCAACCCGUACACGUUCCAGUCCGAUGUGUACGGCUACGGAGUCGUGCUGUUUGAGCUGAUGUCGGGGACUCUGCCUUACUCCAAUAUCAACAACAGAGACCAGAUAAUCUUCAUGGUUGGACGUGGUUACUUGUCUCCAGACCUCAGUAAGAUGUAUAGUACCUCACCCAAGUCAAUGAAAAGGCUCAUCAUUGACUGUCAGAAGUUCAUACGGGACGAGAGGCCUCUGUUUCCACAGAUCCUCGUGUCCAUCGAGCAGGUUCAAGACCUGCUGCCAAAAAUCGAGCGGAGUCGCUCGGAGCCGUCACUCCAUCGGGCCGUCCAUGCCGAGGACCUGAACCCCCUUCUGUUCCACACCACCAGGCUGAUGCCCCUCUAGGCUUCGCACAGCAGGGGCAGAGAGGUCUUCUCCCUGAAGAGAAGCCCGCAGCAUUCCCGUGCCACAGGGGGGCCACAGGCCCACUGUCCUGGCAGACCACGACCCCGCCCACUCCCCGCAGCGCUCAGUAACUGUAGAAAUAACUGUACGACAUUUAGUCUGAUCAUGAAUCAUAGAGACAGAGAUCUGCUCGUUAGGUGAAAUACUUGUCUCCUGUUUCUAGAAGGAUGUUAAAAUGCCUUUGAUCGUUACGCACUCUGACCUGCUCCGAGGUGUUUUCACUUGUUUUGAGGAAAAGGUUAAAACUGAUGUUUUGCACAUAGCCUGCAAAAUUGUGUUGCUCAUUUUCAGCAGUAGAAUAGUCUGUCAGUCCAUUUGAGGAGCACUGUAAUCAUAGCCAAAAUAUUUAAAUCCGUUCAACAGCCAUAAUGCUGGAGCGUCUGGUUCAGGUCACCUGAUCAGCUUACAUGUUGCAGAUGCUCACUCGUCAUGAGCCCCUUCAGUGCGUGUGAUGGGACAUCUCGCAUGUGAAGCUGGUGAUUUAGUCUGGAUGGGCACCUCCACUCGUCUCUGCUAAUAUUUCCCAGCUAUAAUUAGUUUUACUGAAGCACAACACGUCAACGUUGGAGUUCCCUUGUUCCCUUGGUGAAAGCUCCUCUGCACACUAGGGCUGUAUCGAGGCUUCAGUCAUAAUGUAGACGUUGGAAUUGGAAUGCUUGUUACAGCAAAUCACAAUGACUCGUCAUUGUGAUUCCAAAAUAAAAGAUCUCAAGAUUUUCCCAAGUAUUUUAUUUUUGCCAGUUCAGAGAAAACCCCUUAAUGCAUCACAGGCCACCAACACCCAGCAGAACAUUAACAAUCAGUUCUGAUGCAGAUCAGAAACAUGUAUAUAGUGUAUGAAGAGGCUUCAGGUUAAGGGCUCUCAGUAGCACUGCUCAAUCUACAGAAACUACUUUAACAUUUAAAUCUGUUGGUUAACACAGCACACCGUCAACUGCAAGGUACUCCCAACGCUUUGUACUCCACUCAUUCCUCUCUAGACUCUUACCACAAUGUCAUCAGGCUCCAGAUCACAGGGUUGCACACACACACACACUUAUAUAUGUAUAUACAUUUAUUUUCAGCCUAGUGUGUAAUUGACAGCCCACAGUGAGUUGUAGUCUUAAUGUAAGUGGUUAGUUGUAUUGCUGCUACACAUAGUGUGUUUUCUGUUCACUUUAUUGCUACCGCUCAGAGAUGAGACAGACAGACGGACUGUCCCACGGCACGCAGCUCAGCAGCAGUCCAGUCUUCCUGCUGUCAAACACUACACUGUGGAUUAGCCACCGAGUGAUAGUUCACAGUUCCAUGCCCACACACACACACAUUCAUCUGGUACUGUAGCAGCUGGGGAUGCAUGAACACUGUGAGCUACUCCAGUCCAGAGGCCUGUGUGAGAAGUGUGAUUACUUCUUCAGGCUGCUCCCAAUGAACUGGAAUGUGUGUGGAGGUGGAACAUGAUAAAAACUGUCUGACUUCCCCAGAAUCCGGGGUCCGAGUUUCAGAAGCUCUAGAUGAGUGGGCAGGCUUUUGGUUUGACACAUAAUGAAGCAAAUCAUUCAUUUGGUUCUGUGUUCAUGUGCUCAUGCAGCUAGCUGGUAGGUUGAGCAGCAUGAGUGAGUCUGUGUUUAGCAUCAACUCCAGUGAGUAAUGCGAGCCUUGUCUCAUGGUUGGAUUUCAGAUGUCUUGUUCUGUAGAGGACUUGCUGUCAUUGUUAACUUCAACAUGUGUUAUCUGGCAGGCCGAGCUGUUCAGGAAGCUUAGUUAGAUUAGUAAAGGAAGGUACGUGGAUGCGUAUGGCUUUAGUUUUAAGACAGUGUUCUUGUCCGUCUGUAUACUGCUCGUCUUUCCUGCUUCACCUCUGCAGGAGCAUGAAAGGACAAAGCGUGACCUGGUGAUCUCUGGCUGAGGCCUGUAACUAGCUGCUGUUACCUCAUGACUUACGUGGUGAAUGGACUCAGUGAGGCAGACACUUCAUUCAUCCCAUGCUCAGGUGAACACUGCUUCAGUGGAUGUAGGUUCACUUCAGAUUGAAGGCAGAGAACAAGCUGCCUUGUGUAACAAUCAGCUGUGGUUAAAAGAACGGCCCCAGCUGCAUGAAGAGCUCCUGAGUACUGACGGUGGCGCUCUGCUCUGUGAGCACAGGUUGACGUUGAGCAGGGGUCAGGGGUCAGCCAACACUGCUCUGGCCCUCAGGCUGCUGGAGGACAGGGACACAGUCCUUUAUGAAGCACUGCUCCUGUUCAGAACAGAACCAAUCAUGGGAUUUAAUUCAUCACAGCGAGUAAAGAGUAGUUGUGUUUUAUUUUAAUUUAUUUUAUUUCAUGGAUUACAAACUGAUCCAAAGUGGACUUGGCAGAGACUCGGUGCUGGUCUCCUUUACUUGAACCAGCUGCUUCCUCUGAUCUGUGACGCUAGUGGAAGGUUCUAGACUUCCUGGCCGCUUUUCUCUGGUCUAGGUUUUUGGUUUCUUAUAAUAUUGACAUAACUGAAGUCAGAUUGUUAUUGCUCUCCGGUUGAGAACAGGUUCCUGUCUGAUGGGCAGUUCAUUCUCCUGUGCUGGUGUCCAGCAUUAAACUCCACUUGGUCCACAGCAGCAGCUAGAUGGUACUCUGUGUUCCUCUGUUCAUCAGAACCUCCUCUUGGCCUGAUGUGUUUGGUGUAAACGGCUGCAGAGUGAAGGCAGAGCGACCUCUCUUCACAUCGUCUGGACUCUUUCAGGGUUUUUAUCGGCUCGUUGCAGCUCGUGCACAUUUUAUUCUCGAUUGUUAAUGUUUCCAGAGCUCUUCUUCCUGGAUUUAGGACUAACGCGCUUCUUCUCCUCAUGAAUGUAGGUCGCCUGCUAGUUCCUUCAACAGUGGUUCUUACUUUUUUAGGAUGUGAUCAAUAGAGUUCACUGCUUCCUGGCGGAGUUGGUAAUCAUGGAAGUAUUUGCUGAGUGUACUACUGAGUCGUCUGGUUUUUAGUGUCACACUUGUACGUGGACUAGCAGCAGCUGUGAGGGUGGUGUCUGGUGUUCUGUGAACUGGCCUCGCUUCUCUCAAUAUCGUAUGUGUCCGUUAUCAAUGAACUGACAGCAGAUCAGACAUUUAUGUUUCAAUGUUGUGAAGAUAGGGGCUGGGUACCCUUACUGUUCUUACUCAUUCCAGUUCUAUCGGGGGUCGUGGUUUUACCGGCGGGGUCAGGGUUUUGUGAACCAGGGUUGGGAGAGACUUUGUUUCUGUCUUUCUCUUAUUUAUUGAUGUCUUUGCAGAUGUUUACAGAGAGACAUCACUCUGCAACAUUCAGGUUGUGUCCGGGCUCUCCCUCUCUCUCUCUCU